GGAGGGGGCGCGGCUUCCGGCUGCUCCCCCGCCUUUACGUCACUUCCCGCGGCCGCCGCGCGCAGUCACGAUGGAGGAGCUGGGGCUGCUGGGGGAGAAGGCGCAGGAUGAGCUGCCAGCUCUGGCCGCCCCCCGCCCGCCCCCCGGCCUCUCCUUCCUGGUGCCAGAACCUGAAGACCUGGAGGACCUCUACAGCCGCUACAAGAAGCUCCAGCAGGAGCUGGAGUUCCUGGAGGUGCAGGAGGAGUACAUCAAGGAUGAGCAGAAGAACCUCAAGAAGGAGUUCCUCCACGCCCAGGAGGAGGUGAAGAGGAUCCAGAGCAUCCCCUUGGUCAUCGGACAGUUCUUGGAGGCCGUUGAUCAGAACACCGCCAUCGUGGGGUCCACCACCGGCUCCAACUACUACGUGAGGAUCCUGAGCACCAUCGACCGGGAGCUUCUGAAGCCCAACGCCUCAGUGGCCCUGCACAAGCACAGCAACGCGCUGGUGGACGUCCUCCCACCCGAGGCCGACAGCAGCAUCAUGAUGCUCACGUCAGACCAGAAACCAGACGUGAUGUACGCUGACAUCGGGGGCAUGGACAUCCAGAAGCAGGAGGUGCGGGAGGCCGUGGAGCUUCCCCUCACCCACUUCGAGCUCUACAAGCAGAUCGGCAUUGACCCCCCGCGGGGUGUCCUCAUGUAUGGACCCCCUGGCUGCGGCAAGACCAUGUUGGCCAAGGCGGUGGCCCAUCACACCACAGCUGCCUUCAUCCGGGUGGUGGGUUCGGAGUUCGUGCAGAAGUACCUGGGGGAAGGUCCUCGCAUGGUGCGCGACGUCUUCCGCCUGGCCAAGGAGAACGCCCCGGCCAUCAUCUUCAUCGAUGAGAUCGACGCCAUCGCCACCAAGCGCUUCGACGCCCAGACCGGAGCUGACCGAGAGGUUCAACGCAUCCUCCUGGAGCUCCUCAACCAGAUGGACGGCUUUGACCAGAACGUCAACGUCAAGGUCAUCAUGGCAACCAACCGGGCGGACACCUUGGACCCGGCGUUGCUGCGUCCUGGCCGCCUGGACCGGAAAAUUGAAUUCCCGUUGCCCGACCGGCGCCAAAAACGUCUCAUCUUCUCCACCAUCACCGGGAAGAUGAACCUCUCCGAGGAGGUGGACCUGGAGGACUAUGUGGCACGGCCGGACAAGAUCUCAGGGGCCGACAUCAACUCCAUCUGCCAGGAGGUGGGUGACAGGGGGGGGACAAGGUGACACGGGUGCCACGUGCCUCCCCGACAGGGUGACAGGGAGGUGACAAGGGCGUUGUGUCCCUCCGUGGUGGCGUGUCCCACCACAGCAGGGUGAGGAGGAGGUGACACAAGUGCCGCGGGUGCCGCGUCCCUCCUGGUGGGGUGGCAAGGAUGUGAUGGGUGACAGCGGGGGGUGGCCUGGGUGCCACCUCCCAGCAGAGAGGUGGCAGGAGGUGACACGGGUGACAGGGUGCCACCUCCCUGCAGUGUGUUGGGGGUGGCUGGGGACGACCUGGGUGACCUGGUGGCAUGUCCCCAGAGCGGCUGGAGGGGACACGGGUGGCCUGUACCCGGGGUGGUGGAGGUGGCUGGAGGUGACACGAGUGGCCUGGUGGCCUGUCCCCAGGG